AACAAUACAUAAGCUGACAUCGGCUGCGCCUCUCCGAGGAGUGAGGCGCUAUGCCUCUUACGAAAAGACUGCGUUCUUUAACAGAGAAAAAGAGUAAUGGUCCAAAGACAAGGCCACUUGAUGACUUCAUCAUUGUAAAUAUACCAAAAAAAGGUAAAGGUGUGCUGGCAAAAAAAUAUAUACCAAAAGGGGACACUGUGCUGGAGUAUUGUGGUGUCAUAAGGACAGAUGAACCACAUCAAAGUGAGGAUGACACAUAUAUUUUUGAAUGUGUCUUCAAAGGCAAACAGUACUGGUUAGCUGCAACGCAUGAUGAUGGAUCACUAGGCCGUCUGAUAAAUGAUGACAGAAAGCCAAACCUGAAACCAAAGAUGGUUCCGAUUUGUGGAGAGCCCCAUAUUUUCUUCUAUGCCAUCAGAGAUAUACAUCCAAGGGAGGAAUUGUUAUACUGCUAUGGAAAUGGUCCAUAUCCCUGGAGAAAUACUACAAAUGUAAAGGACUCUCCAAAUGAUCUUGUAUCCAGUAUACAGAAGGAUAGUAUACCUGUGACAGAAACUGAUGAUACUGCUACAUACAGUUCCAAUGAACCAGCAUCUGACAUUUCUGUGUCAAUGGUCAACAUCCCUGCAUCUGCAACUGAUGCCAGCAAACCAGAUACUGACUUUUUAACUACACACAGUCCUGAAUGUAUGUUACCAGAUGUAACUGAUGAAGAUGUGAUGGCUCCCUCAUCGGUUGACAAGCAUGACAAACCAUCAAAUCUACCAAGAGAUACAGUUGCUACCCUGGAUGAUGGCAUUGAUAACACCCCAGUUUCAACGACAAAUGUACAAGUAGUUAUGAUGGAAACUGAUGUUACUGCUACAUACAGUUCCAAUGAACCAUCAUCUGACAUUUCUGUGUCAAUGGUCAACAUCCCUGCAUCUGCAACUGAUGCCAGCAAACCAGAUACUGACCUUUUAACUACACACAAUCCUGAGUUUAAGUUACCAGAUGGUGAAGAUGUGAGAGCUCCCAUAUCAGGUGACAAUAACCAUGAUAGAACAUUAAAUCUACCCAGAGAUGCAGUUGCAAGCAUUUGUGAUGAAUUCACUCCAAUUUCUAGAGCUUGCUUUUAUGUUCUGUCUGGAUUUCGAAUUACUGAGGAAAUCAAAAAGAAAUUCAGAAGAGUGGCCAUUGCAUCAGGAUUUAGGAAAUGCAGAUACCUUGACUCCUUCUCAUCAUCUGUUACCCAUGUACUAAUGAAAGAAGGAUGUUUUUAG